CAACUAAGACGAUUGAUUCUCAGUUCAUUAAGUUUCAGUACAUUUUCAACAAUGAAAUACUACUAUAGUAUACUAGUUUUGGUUGUACUAGCUAGUAUAGCGCUAGCUCAAAAUCCAUACACUACAAAAUACGACAAUGUGGAUGUAGAUCGGAUUUUGAAAAACGACAGGGUGCUGACUAAUUAUAUUAAAUGUAUGAUGGACGAAGGGCCGUGUACAGCCGAAGGAAGGGAACUUAAAAAAACUCUUCCGGAUGCCUUGGCCAGCGGCUGCUCAAAAUGUAAUGAUAAACAAAAAUCUACAACAGAAAAAGUUAUAAAGCACUUGAUGAACAAACGAACAAAAGACUGGGAAAGACUCUCGAAAAAAUAUGAUCCUCAGGGUGUUUACAAACAGAAAUAUGAACACUUGUUAAAGACUGUUUAAGAAUACAAAAUUGUAGUUUUAUUUUUUUAAUAUAUACAUUAUAAAGA